AUGCUUUGGUCACUCAUCCACUUCGCCUCGUGCAAAUGGGAAUUAGAGCAAAUUAUCAAGCCAAGCCUCGAUAACUAUGGCAUCUUUGGCCGUUCCGUUGGCGUUUCAGAAGACAAGAUUGUUGUUGGUGCCUCAUGGGAGACAACAGGUUCUGAUUCUCGUCUCGGAGCACUUUAUAUCUUCCAAUUAGAUCAAAAUACAAACAAAUAUAAGGAAGUUCAGAAGCUUAUCCCAUAUGGUCCAGAAGAUAAAUCCAUUAUUUUGAAUAAUACAGGCUCUACAUGCCAAGUUUCCAGAGAUGGCAAGAGAAUUGUCGCCGGUGCUCCAUAUUCUACCGUUAAAGGAUUCGAGCAAGUUGGUGCUAUCGUUGUUUUUGAUUACGAUGAACAGAAGCAGCUUUUCACUCAGACCAAGAUCAUCACUCCUGUUGAGAAUCCAACGGAAAGUGAUGCUUACCAAGGCUUUGGCCGCUCUUUGACAAUCACAUCUGACGGUAAGACCAUUGCAUCAGGUUAUUACAAUAAGCCUAACGUCGUUAAGUAUAUUGAUGACCAUGGAGCUGUUUUCAUCACAACAGAAACCGUAGAUGGCUGGACAACACCAACACGCAUUGAUCCACCAUCAAUCAACGAAAACAAGAGAUUCAAAUUCGGCAGUGACCUUCAAUUCAUCGAUAACUCUCACUUAAUCGUCGCUGUUGACCUCUUCGAUUCAUAUUUCGGAAUGGGAUCAUGCUAUUACACACGUUCAGGCAGCAAUGACUGGACAUUGACACAGCAGAUCCUUCCAGAAGGAAUUAGCAAUGGAGAAUACAACUCAAAGCCAAUCAAAUCCUACGGCAGCAAGAUUGGAAUGCCAAAUCAAAAAACACUUGCUACAAUGGUUGCCUACAAGAAGGAUCUGAAUCCAAAUGGCGCAUUCUUCAUCAUUUCGUUCUCAAACGACAAAUGGAAUACAGAUAAAUUCCAAGUUAUUGAAUAUCCACCAGAUGUACAGUUAACAGGCCUUGCAUUCUGCGGAGAUUCAAUAUUCAUGACACACGCUUCCAACAUUACAGAUACAAGGAAUCCAGAUAAGAAGACAGACGCAAUUCUUAUCUUCCGCCGCGAUUCCAGUGGUAAAUUCGAACUUUCCAGCACAGAAACACUUUACCCAGAAGAAAACCCACCAGAACUCCUCAACUUCGCUUCAGAUCUCGCUUGGGGACACGAUUGCAACUCAAUCGUCGUUGGAGGUAUGACAAAGUACAAACACGAUGACUCUCAUCCAGAAUGGAGUGAUCAGCCAUCAAAUGAAAGCCGUGCUUACGUUUACAAACUUACAUCGCCUUAUAAUCCAUCAUCAAACAAGGCUGUUAUAGUUAUCUGCUCACUCUUGGCUUGUAUUGCUGUUGUUGCUGUUAUUGGUGUUGUUAUUUACUGCGCAAGAAAGCACAAGGGAAUGAUCAAGAUCGACAAACAAUACGGAUCUAAGAUCAAUGAGUUGUAA